AUCAUUUUUACACAUUUCCACUCAAAUCUCUCUUUUCUCUUUGGGUUUGAAAAUGGAGUCCGGCAAAGUAUCAGCUCUGCUGGUUGUUUGCAUGCUUUUCAUUUCCUCGGUGACUGCAAUUCUUGGGUGCGGUUCAUGUAGGAAGGCAUCAUCAAAGCAUCGAAAGCCCAAGGGAAAGUCCCCGACAGGUCCCAUCACUUUGCCUCCCCUCGUUAAACCUCCAAUCAAUUUGCCACCGGUUGGGCUUCCUCCCAUUGUGAAGCCACCCAUUGGCCUCCCUCCGGUUACUACUAAACCGCCAAGUGGAAAAGGAAAAUCCUGCCCAUCACCACCGAGCAAGGACACUUGUCCUAUCGACACGCUGAAACUGGGUGCAUGUGUGGAUCUCCUGGGAGGUUUGGUGCACAUUGGUCUUGGUGACCCUGUCGUGAACGAAUGUUGUCCGGUUCUUACAGGACUGGCUCAGCUCGAAGCUGCUGUCUGCUUGUGCACCACUCUCAAGCUCAAGGUUCUCAACCUUAACAUUUAUGUGCCGCUGGCUCUUCAGCUCCUUGUCACUUGUGGGAAAACACCCCCUCCUGGUUACAUCUGCUCUCUCUAGAACCAAAGGUUGGUAGGUUGAUGGAAUAUCCAUGAUGAAAUCGACACGAGAGGAUGUCGAGCUUUCUCUUUCUUCCUUUCUCAAUUGGACUGGAAAUCUAAUGCAGUUCUUAUUGUAACACCAAUUUUUUUCCACUUUUGUUUUAAAGGAUUGUUGCAAGUGUUUCUGUAUCUCAGACAAUCAAGAAUGAUAUUUUUCUUUGUUCAUGAUUU